AAUUUGAUAGUAUGAAUUUCUACAGACUCAUUCCAAAAGCUUCCAAAGAAAACAAGUUUUGAUUCAAACAAAAGAACAUAGAGCAACAAUGAAAAGAUACAAUAGUAUUGUUCAUCACGUUACUACUACUACUUCUUCUUUGAGACUGUUUCGGUGUGUUCUCUUAUUCGUGUUGUUAGUUGAGCAAACCACAAACGCUUUGGUGAAACUGCCGACAAACAAAACGAUUCCGGCGAUACUAGUGUUUGGAGAUUCAAUCGUUGAUGCCGGAAAUAAUGACUACAUUACGACAACGUUGGCUAGAUGCAAUUAUCCGCCAUAUGGAAUCGAUUUUGACGAUGGAAUACCUACCGGAAGGUUUUCCAACGGCAAAGUUCCGACUGAUAUUAUAGCGGAAGAAUUUGGAAUUAAACCAAGUAUACCGGCAUAUCUAGAUCCAAAACUGAAACCGGAAGAUCUCUUAACCGGUGUAACAUUUGCCUCUGGUGGUGCUGGUUACGUUCCUUUCACAUCUCAAAUAUCGGGAGGAAUAUCGUUAUCGCAGCAACUGAAAUUAUUCGAAGAGUAUAUAGAUAAACUGAAGGAAAUGGUUGGGGAAGAAAGGACAAAGCUCAUAAUAGAAAACAGUUUGUUCAUGGUUGUAUGUGGUAGUAAUGACAUUACCAAUACGUACUUUGGCCUUCCUUCUGUUCAACGCCAAUACGACGUCGCUUCCUUUACCAGUCUUAUGGCUUACCAUGCUCGGUCUUUCGCUCAAAAAUUACAUGAAUAUGGAGCAAGAAGGAUACAAGUAUUCGGUGCACCACCACUAGGAUGUGUCCCAUCACAGAGAACCGUUGCAGGAGGACCAACGAGAAACUGUGUUGCUAAGUUCAAUGAUGCAGCAAAGCUCUACAAUGCUAAGCUCUUUGCAAAUUUGGAUUCUUUAUCAAGAAUUUUACGUGACAAGACACUAAUCUACAUCGAUAUAUAUGAUUCUAUUCUUGAUAUCAUUCUACACCCUCAACAAUAUGGAUUUGAGGUAGUUGAUAGAGGAUGUUGUGGAACCGGACUAAUUGAAGUUGCUGUUCUGUGCAACAACUUUACAGCUGAUGUAUGUCCAAAACGAUAUGAUUAUGUGUUCUGGGAUAGUUUCCAUCCCACCGAGAAGACUUACAGGAUUAUGGCCGCAAAAUAUUUUGAAAAGGUUCUAAAUAAAAUUUAGUUUAUGGUUACAUGCAAGUUAAUAUCUCUGUAUUAAACGUGAUAUCGAUAUGUUUGUCGAAAAGAAUAUUACUAUGCAUUAUGAGACAGUUUCAAUCCUCUUUGUUAUGUAUGACUUAUCACCUUUGUUUGCCAUCUUGUUGGAUGUUUUGUCGAAGUAUUUGCC